ACUGCAGGGUCUCCCCUAACCCGACCAGCUCUGCUUCCCCAGCAGCAGCCCAACUGGAGGGAGAUCAUCAACCGGAAGCUGAAGUUCCCACGGGGGCUGCUGAGCGCUAUCCAGGACGGGAACCUGCCCAUGGUGCAGCAGCUGCUGCAGGUGGGCGAUGGCAUCCUGCGGCAGCUGGACGAGACCGAGGACCGGGCAUGGUGGGAAGCCCUCAACCUGGCCAUCCGUGCGGGCGGGGAGGAAGUGGCCAAGGCCUUGCUGCGCUACGUCAAAUUUGACUUCCGCCAGGUCCACGAGGCCCUGCUGGUGGCUGUGGACACCAACCAGCCCCACGUGGUCAAGCUGCUGCUGGACCGGCUGAACCAGGAGAAGGGACUCAAGAUGGACCUCAAGUCCUUCUCGCUGGCCUUCUUCGACAACACCAUCGACGCCUCCCGCUUCGCGCCCAGCGUGACGCCGCUCACCCUGGCCUGCGAGAAGGACCUCUACGAGAUCGUGGACAUGCUGACGCAGAAAGGCCACACCAUCUCCCACCCCCACCGCGUCUCCUGCCCCUGCCUGGAGUGCACCAACGCCCACCAGUACGACCUGCUCAAGUUCUCCCUCUCCCGCAUCAACACCUAUAAGGGCCUCGCCAGCCGCGCCUACCUCUCGGUUGCCAGCGAGGAUGCCAUGCUUGCUGCCUUCAAGCUCAGUCACGAGCUCAAGCGCCUCUCUCGCAAGGAGCCCGAGUUCAAGCCCGAGUACCUGCGCCUGGAGCAGCUGAGCCAGGAGUUCGCCUUCGAGCUGCUGGGGAUGUGCCGCAACCAGAGCGAGGUGGCGGCCGUGCUCAACGACCUGGGGGACAGCAGCGAGGAGGAGGAUCUGGGCAGCCAGGCCUUCGAGGAGGGCAUCCCCAACCUGGCCCGGCUUCGCCUGGCCGUCCAUUACGACCAGAAGAGGUUUGUCACGCACCCCACCUGCCAGCAAGUGCUGUCAUCCAUCUGGUGCGGGAACCUGUCCGGCUGGCGUGGCAGCAACACCCUCUGGAAGCUCUUUGUCUCCUGCUCCAUCUUCCUUACCAUGCCCAUCCUGUGCCUGCUCUACUGGGUUGCUCCCAAGUCCCGGGUGGGCAAAAUGCUGAAGAUCCCAGUGAUCAAGUUCCUCCUGCACUCCGCCUCGUACCUCUGGUUCCUGGUCUUCCUGCUGCUGGAGUCCGUGGUGCUGGAGCGUAAGCACAAAGACUUCCUGGGCCGGAGCCAGACCUUGUGGGGCAACUCCUGGCACAUGAUCUGGGUGGCAGGGUGGAUUCCCCCUGCCCCGCUCAUGUCCCAGUGCCCGCCACCUGCCACCACGCCCCAUGUUACACUCCUCAUAUACUACCAGCAUGCAAGGCAAAACAGGCUGCCCAAUGCCAGGGCCAUGCUCAGUGACCCAGGGAAGGGGGACGAUGCCGACGUGGAGUGGAAGUUUGCCCGCUCCAAGCUCUACCUGUCCUACUUCCGGGAGGGCCUGACACUGCCUGUGCCCUUCAACGUCAUUCCAACCCCCAAGUCCCUCUUCUACAUGGUCAGGGGCAUCUUCCAGUUCAUUUGCUGCUGCAAAGCCAAGAAGCAGCAGGACUGUCCCUCGAUCCCCACCAUUGUAAGUGUCCCGCACAACACAGCGGCUGGUAGAAGCUGCAUUGGCCGUGUGGCCGUUGGUAGAAGCCACGUUGGCUGCGAGGCUGUUCUGCGAGGCUGGAUGAAUGGUAAGCAGCACCGUUCCCUGGUACCUGUGUAA